CUCUAUGUGUGUGUGUGUGUGAGUGAUCAGGGAUAUCCACCGUUUUUUUUUUCACUCGCUCUCCCGUUAUUUGAAGGCGCUGCUGAGUCCGCUCUGCUUUUACCUGCCUCACCUGAGCAGACUCACCUGUUCACUCGCUUCCUUUCGCUCUUCAAAACUGAAAGCCUCACUUUGAGACGGAUUUUUUUAUAAAAGAAAUAUUUAAAGAUAAACCUUACGAAACAAGAAGAAAAAACGCAAGGAGGAGAGAAGAAGAGGAUCGACCCUUGCCACUUUUUUCCCCUCUGCUUCCUGCUUUUCAGCCGUUACCUGAUUUAAGAAGAGGACUGGUUGAUUUUGAGGAACAUGCCGCGGGCUUUUUUGGUAAAAAAGGCGAACGUUUCGCCGGGAAAGCGGAACUGGAGUGAGCUGCCCGACCAUGAGAGAGGAGACGUUUACAUCCCAGUCUCCAUCUUCCCGCCGUCGGUCUUGAUGACAGAAGUUGAGGCCAGCCCUGCAGAGACCGUGCCUCUCUGCCUCACCAAACGCUCUCCAUCAGACAGUCACGCUGAGCUGCCGUCCAGCACGCUGCUUGGACAACCGCGAAGUCUAGCAAGUUCGCCAGAGGGGAAGUCGGAUAUCAGACGGAGCUUGCAUGGCGACUCUUUGUACAUCCGAUCUAAAAUUAAGGUAACUACAGGCGUGUUGCCUCCUGAUCCCUCUCUUCUUCCUGAAGCUCGUCCCCAAAUUUCCAAUCCACAGCCUCUACCUCCACAGCCCCCUGUUACGCCAGCAGCCCCCCAGCAAGCUCCGCCCCCCGGCCCUUCAGAGGCACCAGCUACUGUAAACAGAUCAGCGGGUCAAAAUCACAGCGCUACCCCUACAACGACAGGAGCGUAUGUGUGCCAGGUUUGCCAGAAGACUUUCCAGUACCAGCGCAUGUUGAACCGACACAUCAAGUGCCACAGUGAGACCAAGAGACAUCUGUGCAACUACUGCGGCAAAGGCUUCAACGACACGUUUGACCUGAAGAGACACGUGCGCACGCACACAGGGGUCCGUCCGUACAAGUGUACUCUGUGCGACAAGGCCUUCACCCAGCGCUGCUCCCUGGAGUCCCACAUGAAGAAGAUCCACAGCGUCACCCUAAAGUACGCCUACAAGGAGCGGCGCAACAAGCUGUACGUCUGCGAGGAGUGCGGCCACACUGCGGGGACUCAGGACGAACUGCUGGUCCACCUGCACUCCCUGCACCCGGACAGCGCCCUGCUGAAGGGAAAGGCAGCAAGGAGGGCGGGAGGUCUGGGGGGAUCCACCUCUGGCUCCGUCGGAGGAUCCACUCCAAGUUCUCCACGGGAGGCAGACAGCGAUGACACUAACGGAUCAGCUGGGCAGUAGAUCACCGGAAUGAACUCAGCAGGGAAGGAUGAAGGAGGGAUGUGUUAACUCAUGGACAUGCAGAGUGUUUUGUUUAUAUAUUUAUAAAAGGGCAGGGAUUCGGGUUUUAUUUUGCAUGAAAAAAAAAAAGUAUGAUGCAGCAAGGAGAAAAAGAACACUAGAAUUGUCCAAACAUGACGACUUCCUCUGAUAUAAAUGUAUUAUUUAUAUUAUAUUCUGAGCAAAUAUUUUCAGUCAUGAAGGUGAUACCCUAAAGAUGAGAUUCUCUCUUUUUAUGUUCCCAACAAAACCUUGGAAGAACCUCAAACAAGGUAGAACUUUUUCAGAAGAUGCUCUGAAUCAGGCAUCCUUUCAUCCAACAUUCUUCCAGUCUCUGUAUAUUACAUCCACGUUGUGUUGUGGCUCAUUUUUAUUGUUUUGAAUGGGACUUUAUUACCAGUGGGCUUCUCUUUGCAACAGAAGAUUUGAAUUUUUCUAAUGGAAGAUACAUUAUUAUUAUUAA